AUGAAGUGAGUUUACGGAAUAAUAUCUAUUGCCAUCAAAUGUUUAAAUUAACACUUUUACCAAUAAAAAUGUACUAUUAAAAACAAAUACACGUUGAUCUUCUAUUCAUGAUUUAUCUUAAUCCGCUACAGGGUCGAGCUGUGCAGUUUCAGCGGGUACAAAAUAUACCCCGGCCAUGGCGUCCGAUACGCCAGGAUAGACGGAAAGGUACGGGGAUAUGGCAACUCUAACUUCCUCUAAUGCCAUUUAGUAGUGUUUGGUUUCUCACGGUUGAUCGCAAUUAGCCGUGGCCGACAUUGUGUUGAAAUUGUUACAGUAGAACUGUUCAUGGAGUGUUUGUACUCUGUUCUUGGCCUGUCCCGUGGACACUGACUAUGCUAUGUUUUCAGCUAGCUAGCUAACGUUAGCGUGCAAAUCCGGCGUUAUCCACGUCAGGUAUAACGUUACAACUAGCUAGACAUGUACAUGUCAACGUUGCAAAAUAUGCUUCACCUCACUAAUGUGUAGUUUAACACCACCAGGUUUUCCAGUUCCUGAAUGCAAAGUGUGAAUCAGCCUUCCUGGCCAAGAGGAACCCCAGACAGAUCAACUGGACUGUGCUCUACAGGCGCAAACACAAGAAGGGCCAGUCUGUAAGUACCUGGCUCGUUAUUGUCAAUCAUUUCCCCCCCAAGCGCAUAGAAGCAGUGGCUAGUGUGGUUACCUUUUGAAUCACAAUUAUACAACCUUAGUUCUGACAUGGUGUGCCUUUGUUUUUGGCUGAGGGUGUGACGGUGUGCGUGGUUGCAAUCUGCGUUAUGUACUGUCGCCAGGCUGUGUUUUACAGCUUUUCGGCAGUGCUCACUCCACACACCUGCGGCCAUAGAGCCACUGGAGAUCAUAGUACUGGCUCUGUGAAGUCUCUGACUCCUUACCACUGGUCAGCCUCCAUACUCUCCUACAAACCUUAUAUGUGAGAAAGAUGUUAGGGGUUUGCAGUAAUGUGAAUACAUCUGUGUGAUUGUUACUGUUCAUUUUGCACAAAACGGUACUGUCAAGGAACAUUCUUAUAGGACUGGUUAAUCUACACGAGUGACACUUACAUUUCUGUGUUUUCUCCUAUGUUGUGCCUAUUGAUAUCUUAACACUCAUCAACACUACCAAAUUGCCCAUACCUGAUCCUGAAUGUGGCCAUGAUGUUGCUGACUGCAUGUUGUCCAUUUCCUGUGCUAACAGGAAGAGGUGACGAAGAAGCGCACACGCCGUGCCGUGAAGUUCCAGAGGGCCAUCACCGGCGCCUCCCUGGCUGAGAUCAUGGCCAAGAGGAACCAGAAGCCCGAGGUCCGCAAGGCCCAGCGUGAGCAGGCUAUCAGGUAAGGGCCCGACUCAACCCCACCAGAACCAUGCUUGACCAGAAACUUUGCUUUAGAUGUAAAAUGGCAGUGGCUGGCAUGUUGGUGCCAAAUAAGUGAACUGUGUACUGCUGUGGGGCAUUGUUAUUGUGUAGUGUUAAACAAAUACGUUUCUGUCAAAGUUCUACAUGUGAAGCACAUGUAGCUGUUCACCCUGUGAUGCUGUUUAAGAUGGAAAGGUGAAUUGUCAGUCUUGGGUUUUAUUCACGAAUAAAAUGGAUCAUUAGUCUUUUUCACUCAUCACUUGAGGUGUUAUUUCUGCAGUCUGGACUCCUGUGUCUUGUUGUUUUGCAUGUGUGGAAUGGGCCUAAUUUAUAUAGUUCUUGUCUCCAGAGCUGCCAAGGAGGCCAAGAAGGCAAAGCAGACAACCAAGAAGCCCUCUGCCGCUGGUGCUAAGGUAAGAUUAAUAUAGCCAUGUCCAUAUAUAUAAUUUAUGACUGUGUGAAUCUGAUUGGUCAGAAGCCGGUCAGAAAGCAAGAAACCUUUAUGACCUGCGUUUAUAAAACGCAGCAAGGUUCCCCUUUUUCCAUUUAUCUGUGAAAAAUGCAGAUUUCUACAUUAAAGGGACAAUCAGCAGUUGCUACAUACAUUUCUGGAUUUAUAAUUGAAAUGUUCUCAUUGUUUCUUAAAGAAUAUCACUUAUGUCUCAUGAGCUUAGUUUAACUGUCGUUCCUAAUAAGAACACAAAAUAAUACAUUAUACUCCAAUGUUUGUAAACAAAGUAUAUGUAAAACAAUAUAUAGCCUCAACAUGGUUAACUAUAAUUGUAAUGUCAUGGAUGGUCAGUCCUUGCAUCCAUAGCUCUGUGUAUUGAGUUGCAUUUCUUCAGCCCCAUCCCUCAGCUUUUUACUGAAAUGGGCAGGGGAGUAAGCGUUGUUUCAACUGCUCAUUGCCCCUUUAAAGGUACACUCAGGCUUACGAAGUAAAAAUUGGCAGUAUUGGGUCGACUUCUGCAACAGAGCGUGUAGCAAGAUGCUGCACAUUCUUUUCAGUUGUCACGUUGCAGAAGAGGGAAGGGGAAAUGGCUCUUUAGGCACUCUCAAUUGCAUCCUCUUGCAUCGCUCUUUGCAAUAUCUUUGGUUCACAUUGCUGCUCUUGGCCACCUCGUAUUACUGAGGCUCUGCCAUAAAUGGCACCCAUGGUUUUAAUUUAUGCUUGGAAUUCUAACGGUACCAAGUAGUUUAUCAAGAGCUGUGAUGAACUGCAUAACCCUAGCACUCAGGUCCUCUCCCUCCCAUCCCGGAGGACCUGAGCCCUAGGACCAUGCCUCAGGACUACCUGGCCUGAUGACUCCUUGCUGUCCCCAGUCCACCUGGUCAUGCUGCUGCUCCAGUUUCCACUCUUCUGCCUGCGGCUAAGGAACCAUGACCUGUUCACCGGACUUGCUACCUUGUCCCAGACCUGCUGUUUUCAACUCUCUCUCUACCACACCUGCUAUUUCUACCUCUAAAUGCCCGGCUAUGAAAAGCCAAGUGACAUUUACUCCUGAUGUACUGACCUGUUGCAACCUCUACAACCACUGUGAUUAUUAUUUGACCCUGCUGGUCAUCUAUGAACGUUUGAACAUCUUGGAGAAAAAUCUGGCCUUAAUGGCCAUUUACUGUUAUAAUCUCCACCUGGCACAGCCAGAAGGGGACUGGCCACCCCUCAGAGCCUGGUUCCUCUCUAGGUUUCUGCCUUUCAAGGGUGUUUUUCUUAGCCACUGUGCUUCAUCUGCAUUGCCUGCUGUUUGAAGUUUUAGGCAGGGUUUCUGUAUAGCACUUUGUGACAUCUGCUGAUGUAAAAAGGGCUUUAUAAAUAAAAUGUGAUUGAUUUAAUUGGAUUCCAAUGGUGGUUUAGUUUGUAUUUUGUCUAAUCUAUCUGUACUUUGUCUCCCUCUGUAGGCCCCUGCCAAGGCUGCACCCAAACCCAAGGUGGCAAAGCAAAUGAAGGUCAAUGCACCUCGCGUUGGAGGAAAACGCUAACCCUUUUGGCUUCGUUGGUCAUGAAUAAACUUUCUUGGUAAACAAAAA